CGGACAUUGGCUUCCAGCUCACAUCUGUGUACGACCAGGAAGAAUAGUCGGCUUUAUUCAAGACCAGAUCCUGCUCUCGGCCGAUCGAAGCCCCGUCCAGCUGGUUGGCCGCAUAGACGUAUGAACCCAGGGCCCACUUCCCGUUCUUAUACCAGGAUACGCACUAGCCCCAGAGCUCGUUCUCAUCUGCAUUAAGAUCCCGCAUCCUACCCUGGUUCUACUUGCUUGACAUCCAGGUCUUCCUUUUACUGCAUCCAACACCGACACGGGUUCAGACAUCGACAUGCCCCAUAUCGACGUCCUGGCGCCGCACGUCGACCGACUAUUUGCUCGAGAUGGCGGCCUCCACCCCCCUUCAGAGGUUAUGCUCAGCUGGCCUCAGCCAAACUAUAUCAACCCGGAGGAUCGAGGAUGGAGUUCGUCGAUCGUAUUGGUAGUGUUCUUGGGCAUUACUUUCCUGGUAUACGCUGCACGCAUGUGGGCACGACUGGGUCUGGGGAAGAAUCAUGGACUUGAUGACACCAUUAUGAGUAUAGCGAUGCUACCGCUGUUUGGCCUCACGAUAUCAGUCGUUCUUGCCAACCGCCUGUACGGUUUUCAGUGGCACGUCUGGGACCAGACGAAUGUGACUUCGGUCACUGCAAGAAAUACGUUGCUAAUUGAUCUUCGGAUUACGAUGUCGAUUGAGAUCAACUACAUGAUUUGCACAACACUGAUCAAGAUAUCGAUCCUCUGCUUCUACCGCCGAAUAACUGCUUCACUCACUAUCAGCUUCGUGUACUGGGUUUGGGGCUCCAUAAUCUUCUGCAGCUUCUACGGCAUCACCUUCAUCUUUCUCAUUGCCUUCACCUGCCAUCCGGCGAAGGGCUUCUUUCACAUUUUCGAUGUUGCCUGGAUAUCCCAGAACGAAUUAACUUGCCGCGAUGAAGGAGCCAUCAUUGUGGCCGUUGCGGCCAUCAGCACUGUACAAGACUUCAUCAUUGCCCUCCUACCUGUCUUCCUCAUCUGGAAGUUACAGAUUCCCAGGACACAGAAAAUCGCACUUUGUGGUAUCUUUGCACUAGGUCUCAUUACAUGUGUCUGCGGUAUCCUGCGUACAUACUAUGCUGCGUAUGUCUAUUAUUAUACCUACGAUAUCACCUGGUAUGCCUACUAUGGCUGGAUCUGGACAGCCCUCGAAGCCGACCUGGCUGUAAUCUGCGCCUCGGCGCCAGCUCUCAAAAUCUUCUUCCGCCGCUACUUCAGCAUGACAACAAACCGCUCUGGCUACGAAAUGUCAGGCAACGGCAAUGGCAACACAACUGUGCCCACAUCGUCCACAGCAAAAUCUCGCAUGAAGAUGUCUACGCACUCGGCGUCUCGAAUCGAAGCUGGGAGAACAUACGACAACGAAGUGACCAUGAACGGUAUCAAAGUCAGCCAGAGGCUGGAAGUUCGCAUCGACGAAAGGGACAAUCUAUCGCAGAAGAGCUUUGGCAGUACAAAUAAUCUUACUGCCGUACCCAGGCUGGAGGAGAGCAGAUGGUGA